ACGAUGCCCCUUCGAACCCAGAGCCGCCAGCCCCACGCAGAGGACGCAGCCGCAGGCAACCACCUCCACAACCACUGCCAUCUUUAGAGCAGGCUCCGACGACACGUAUGUAUUCUUAAGCAUUGCUCUUCUUACGCUUCGAUUUUCUCCUACAGCCGCACCAGGACCAGAACAGCCUUUACCAGUGCACCAUCCACCGCUACCACCAGGGUCGACUCCCCGUACAGACAAUCAUGGUGCUCCGCCUACGGGAAAUAACAAUGCAGCACCUGUCUUGCGUCGAGCAUCCCCGAAUAAUCCCAUUCAGGCAGUGCGUGUCCGUGUACACUUCGAAGAUAAUUCUGAUGAUGAAGGUGAAUAUUUCGACGUCUCUGGGAUACCACCUGAAAGUCCCCCCUCGACACCCCCCUCGACACCAACACCGGCACCUCGCUCUCAUUCAAGGAACACUGCACCACGCGCUACUCCUGGUACACCAAGAUCCGCCACACCUCGCCGACGGUCAGGUAUUGAGUGCCCAGCAUCAACACCCCGCCAAACAUUUUUUGGGCGACGUCCUAGCAGGCGAACGGGUUCAAAAGGGGGGCGUCGAGCAGAGGAUAUUUGGACAUUCUUUGAAACUAAGGAUGAUCAUCAUUGUUGUCGGUUUUGCUUACGUCAGAAGGAAGCAGGGAAGUCUGUCCCAUUCCACGAGUAUGCUGGAAAAGGUACAGAUUCUCUUCGCAGCCAUCUCAUCAGUCAUCACCGUGAUGCAUGGAUCGCGGCGUGUGAUGAACUCAAAAUCAAGAUUUCAGCGAAGAAUGCCAGAGAAGCAGUGUGGGCGUAUCGCGAGAAGAAUCCUGGCACAGGCGUCCCAGAGGAUACGUCAACGACAGAUCCUAGUCGUAAUCGAGAGUUUUCUCGGGAGUCAUUCAUUGAUGCAAUAAUGACUUUCGUAGUUGGAGACGACCAGUCACUGAACGUUAUAGAGAAUCGUCAUUUUCGUGAUCUUAUUUUGCUCUUAAGGUAUCCUAAUAAUUCAAUCUGAUGUUUUUUUGGUAUGAAUA